AUGGAAACGGUGAGGAUAAGUUUAGAAGCAAAGUCCUAUCUAAAGCUAAAGCUAAAGCUAGAGCAGGAUCGGCCACGUCGCAACUUCAAUCCCAGGAAGACCAAACGAUAUGGACGACAGACGUUCGAUCCAGGCUUUCUGGUCAAGUACAGCCCCAAGUGGAAAUACGCCCGUCUCUACAAUUUCCCAUAUCCCGGUGCUCACUGGCAGCCACGGAUGCGGACCAUGGUGAUUGCUGUCGACGGAGGAUCUCGUGGCAACAACCGCAACGACCCCAAAUCUCGAGCUGCUUACGGCGUCUACUUUGGACCAGACUGUCCACGCAACACCCAGGCUCUGUUGCCUCCGAGUGCACCGCAAACGAGUUCCCGUGCCGAGCUUGAAGCGGUCCGCAAGGCCCUCGAGAUUGUCCAGGAGAUGAAACGUGCCGGCGAACUCGAUGGCUGGCGUGAGAUCAUCAUCAAGCUGGACUCGGACUAUGUGGCCAAGAGCCUCGGUGAAUACAUCUGGACCUGGGAGAGGAAUGGCUUCAUGACCAGAAAGGGCACCCCUGUGGAGCAUGGUGACCUCAUCCGCGAGUUACAUGGCACUAUCACGCAGUUGGAGCGGGAGGGAGCGGUGCGAUUCUGGAGGAUUGGGCGUGAGUGGAACCGAGAAGCCGACGCGUUGGUGAACCAGGCCUUGGAUGACGUGUCUGAUAGCGGCUACGAAGACUCUUGA